UUCUGCGAGUCGAGCGGCGCCGGGCCGCGGGACUCGUCUUUAGUGACUCUUUCGCGACUCCGUACACGGAGCCCUAUCAGCGGUUGGCGUCCUACGGUUGCUAUGGAAGGACCAAGUUGUGUACGUUAACCGCGACGAUUUGGGGAAACUGCGGGGAUGGUGCAAGAAGGCCGGAAAACGGGGGACGAGAAGCCCGCCGCGGAAGCGUCGUCUCGAAAGCUGCCGGCGAACCGUUCCGUCGACGCCGCCGGUGACGUGGUGGCGCCGGAGCGGCCGCUGAGCGCCGCACGUACCGGUCCGAGAGCGCGGUCCGCCUCCGCCUCGUCCUCGGCACUGCGGCCACGCCGCCGGGUCCCCGGGCACCGGGCGGCGGCGCGGAACGGUGGAAGACGCCGGUCCGAAGAAGAGCCCGAUAAUCUGCGUAGCAUCAUUGUCCUGAGGUACGAGGGAGAGACGCGCGACGGGCUGUUUCACGGUAAAGGUACAGCGCACUUCCAAGGAGGUCACGUGUAUGAGGGCGCCUUUUCCAAAGGAAACAUGCACGGACACGGUGUGUAUAGCUGGGCGGAUGGGAUCCGCUACGAGGGACAGUUCAUUUUCAAUGUGCCAAUGGGACAUGGGACGUACACCUGGCCCGACGGUAGUUUCUACGAAGGUGAGGUGGUCAGCGGCAUCCGGCACGGUGUGGGGACCUACAGAUGUGGCACCAAAGAUGUUUUCUACAGGGGCCAGUGGCAACGGGGCAAGAGGCAGGGAAAGGGGAUAAUUUACUACAACAAGGAGAUGACCUCAUGGUAUGAGGGUGACUGGGUGAACAAUAUCAAAGACGGAUGGGGAGUGAGAUGUUAUCCUUCUGGAAAUGUGUACGAAGGCCAGUGGAGGAACAAUGCCAGGCACGGGGAAGGCACUAUGAAGUGGCUGGCUCUCGGUCAGCGGUACGCCGGCCAGUGGGAGGAGGGCGUCCAGCAGGGACGAGGGACGCACGCUUGGUUCCUGAGACGGGUUCCCGGUUCCCAGUAUGCUCUGAGGAACGAGUACGCCGGGGAUUUCGCGCAAGGCGUACGUCACGGACAGGGCAGGUUUUGCUACGCCAGCGGGGCAGUUUACAGCGGAGGGUGGCGGAGCGACAAAAAACACGGCCAGGGAACGUUUAUAUUUAAGAACGGGCGCGUUUUCGAGGGGGAUUUUGUGGACGAUCGCGUGCCUGAAUUCCCAGCGUUCUGGACGGAUGAUGCGCAGACCCCUGAGCUGAGCGGAACAAGGAGUCAAACUCCUCCUUCCAGCGAUAGGUUUUUGGAAGCAGCCUGCAUGUGUCCUUCAGGUGAAUCGUCCAGGAGGAUGACGGGGAGAGCCAGCGGUUGCUCAUUGGUAGGACCCGACAUGGCUUUAGACAUCCAGUCCCUGCUUGCUGCUUUCCCUGAGGAACAGAGAGACCCUGAGCUUAGACAGAUGGAGUUUGCGGUGCUCAGGCACAUUGCAGAGCUGAGGACCGCGUACAACUUCUACAGCAGCCUGGGUAAUGAGGAGUCUCCGGACAACACCUUCCUCCUGACGCGUUUGCAGCUCUGGCGCCUGCUCAAGGACUGUCAGGUGCAGCGGCAUGGGAUCACGCUGGUCCGGGUGGACAGGCUCCUUCAGGGCAAGUGCGCCACGCUGGCCAAUUGUGGAUUUUAUCCUGACUAUGGACUAACGGUUGGCCCUUCGUACUCAGUCCUCUCACCACGCGAUGUUAGAUGUGGUGUUUUACCAUGUUUUUCCUCAGAAGAGGGCUCCCCAGAGGAAGUCCACUCUCCAUUUGGAACUCUCUUAUUUAGGAGGUUCCUCAGCUGCCUUGUGAUCCUGGCCUACCGCAUCUACCACAGAGACGUUCAAUCCUGCAAUAAUGUACUUGUAGGAUGCUUUUCUAAGAUCAUGAGGAAUAAUAUCCUUCCUAAUGCAACAAAUGUGAAAGGUGUGUUUUUCUCCCACCCGGUUCGCACCGCAGUAGCUGCCAACUAUGUGAAGCGGUGCUGGGAGAUCUAUAAAGCCCUCUGCAGGCUCCAUUCUGAUCCCCCCCGUGACCGGACCAUGACCAUGAGGCAUUUUGUCUGGAUGCUCAAGGAUCUGGAUCUGUUUGACAAUGAGCUGACCAUAGGAAAGGUUGUCGAGAUUCUGUGUUUUGAAAGUCCAGCAAUGGAAGAAGUUUCCCUCUGCAGUCUGGAUCUGGAGAUGAACUUCCUGGAGUUCUUCGAGGCCUUGCUAUGCUGCGCAGAGGUGAAGACCAGUUCAGUCGUGAUCCCUCCUGAAGGGGACGUGGCAGGAAAGAAGCUUUGGGAGAGCCACUCUCCCCCCCAGCAAGGGCUGUCCAUCCUGAGUGCAAAAUUGAGAGAGACACUGCACCUCUCCAAAUCCAAAGUGACUGACUGGAGAGACAGCGUUGUCAAGCUACCUACUGACAAAGAAGAGCCAAAGUCAGAAGAACUGGACCACUGGGUCAGAAGGACCCAGCUAUUCUUUUGCAAGAUCUUCUUUCCAGCAUACGAGUACAGCCUGUUGCUGAGGAAGGAGGUGCAGGAGGAGCGGCUGAGGAACGAGGAGCAGCUCAGGAAUGAGGAGCGGCUCAGGAAGGAGGAGCGGCUCAGGAAGGAGGCACAGACCAGGGUUAACUGUCCCAAGGCUAAAGAGACAGCCAGGCUGAGAAAGCAACGGGAAGCAGAGGAAGUGCAGAGACGAAAGAUGGAGCAAGAGGCAGAUGAGGCAGCAAAAGUGGAUGUUCUCAAGGAGAUCAGCAUCCAGUCCCCAGCACUCCCCAGCCCUGUGGCCUCGACCACCUCGGUCGGCAGCCUCAAGCAAUUCCCCGUCAACGGAAGAAGGAAGAAGAAGUAGAAUGAGGAAUCCCUCUGAUCUAUGCAGCAAAAAUGGGUGGUUCUUCUGGUGUGGUGAAGUACGAAGUUACUCGCAAAACAAUACACUCCUUCUUUACAAACACAGCUGAAUCUGGAAGUCUGUAACUCCAAAGUCUCUUACAGUUACCAUAAACAAUAGCUUAGUAAUCCUGAUUUCUUAUUUAUCUGGGAAUUAGGUUCUGUAAAGUAUAGCUAUAAUCAGUAAACAUACUUCGCAAUGUUGGCUGAAGUUCACAGAAGGAGAUUCAAAACCCUUGCAAUCACUCACACACAUUGUCUGAAGCCGCUUGACCCGAGCGGGGUCGCGACAAGC